GAUUCAGACAUGAGUUAUUUCAAAUUAUUAAUAAAGAUAUUUCGUUACCCCCUAAUAUCAUGCCGAACGCUUUUGCUAACAACAGAAGAUCUCCUAUCUUAAGGAAUAGAGAUUUGCGGAAAGUACCAUUUUCAAAUCAAAAUCGCUUUGAAAAACUAAGAGGAUUCAAUACAAACGUACAACAGAGACAAAAGAAAAAAAGAAACCGAAAAAAGAAUUUGACAAAAGUUGUAAAGUCGAGAGAAACAGAGAAAAGAAAUCUUUCGAAGAGGAGGAAAGUAGUAGAAGGGCCGAUUCCGAUUUUACGUAAGGAUGUCACUCUACAACAACAACGCGUACUUCCACUAUCUUUCAGGACACUCGGAAUUUUACCAACCAGUGUUAGUAUAGAGAAUCCGGUACCGGAAAGCCGAAUUAGGCUCGAUCGCACACUGGAAAGUAAUGUUCUUACUCAAAAAGUGUUACCACAACAAAAUAACAACAUUGGACCUUCAUUCCCGACGCAGUCUAAUAAUGCGAGAAUGAAUAUACCGGGAGAGUCUAGAUUUAUGAACACACCACCUAUGCAGCAGUCCCAAAAUCAGGACAGAAGAGGACAACAUGCGAACGUACGAAACGCAAAUUUUCAAGGAACUACGGAUAAUCUUUUCGAACCAGAAUGGCCCCUACCAGUAAAUCGUCCAGAAGGACUCCAGUCCGGCUUUUUAGAACCGGACCAAAAUGUCUUUCCCACACAACUAACGGUAAGGCGACAAUCUUUUGGUUCAUUUCCAUCACCAAGACGACCACAGUUAAGUCCUCUGAACUUCUUUGGAUCAACUCUUAGACGAUUGCCUCCAAUUAUGCCAACUGUACCACUUUCGUUGAAUUACUUACCAUACUUACAUUAUGCGGAUAAUUUACGUUUAGCGGAAAAUUUUGAUAUUGAUACAGACAAUUUUUUAUUACCUAAUUCAUUUCCUCAACGACCACACUUCUCUCAAUUUUCCCAAUUUAUGCGAACAAGAUUCGGAACUGUACCUAUUUCUCCUUUUAGCAGAGGAGUAAUCAUACCGUUUCCAAGGAGACGAAACAGCCUUCCGUUUCGAUCUAGAUCACGAUCAUUUCCAACAUCAACUCCUUUUCAAUCACGAUUUCGUGAUAUUAUAACAACGCCACCUAGCAUUCAGUCAAGUUCGCUUGUUCCACCACCGAGCACUUUUUUCUUUAGAGAUGAAGAUACGAGUCCUUUCUAUCAACAACCAUUCUAUAAUCCUUACUAUUUGGACACAUUUGGUACAUUUUUAUCGGAUUUUAAUGAACCUCCAAGAAAUAUUACUAGAUCAGAAAAUCCACAGAUUGUGAGACCUUUCCGAAAAGAAAAGGCUGAACGAAUUAAGAUGUCAAGGUCACUUGGAAUACACAAUUUAAUUGAAAAAGAAAAAUUGCUUAAAAUGAAUUCCUUUCAAGAACGACAAAAAAGUUCUAAAGAUAGAAAAUUAAAGGUGAAAGCGAUGUCUUACAGGAAAAUUAUACCUUUUUAAAAUCUGCGCUAAGGAUGAACCUUAUUUAUGUUCAAGUGUAUUCAUGGAAACUUAUACCAGAUGUGUACCUGUCAAUGUUUUCAGGUGGAUUGGAUACUACAUGUAACGCUGUGUAUAUAUAUAUUGAGUUUUUUUUUUAUUACAGAUUCGUAAAUAUGAGCUGCUGUCAUUUUUCUAAAAUAAAUUUUCGAAAUAA